GGCAGAGCACGCAAUAACAACUAUUAGGAACAGGGUUCAGUUGACCCUGGUCUGCCACCUGGUGUGGAGGCCUUGCUGGGUGGGAGGAAACAUGAUGAGCGGGAAGAGCCUGCUCCUGAAGGUGAUCCUGCUGGGGGACGGUGGAGUUGGCAAGUCCUCCCUAAUGAACCGCUAUGUCACAGACCGCUUUGACUCCCAGUCCUUUCACACCAUUGGCGUAGAGUUCCUAAACCGGGACCUGGAGGUGGACGGGCGCUUAGUCACUCUUCAGAUUUGGGACACAGCAGGCCAGGAGCGCUUUAAGUCCCUGCGCACGCCCUUCUACAGAGGUGCAGACUGCUGCCUGCUCACAUUUGCUGUGAACGACCUGCAGAGCUUCCAGAACCUCGGCUGCUGGAAGAAGGAAUUCAUGUACUACUCGGAUGUUAAAGACCCUGAGCGGUUCCCUUUUGUGGUGCUCGGCAAUAAGGUGGACAUGGAGCAAAGGGAGGUGGGGGAGGACGAAGCUCGGGCCUGGUGUGAAGAGAACGGCUGCUGUCCUUAUUUUGAGACCAGCGCCAAGGAUGACACUAAUGUCACAGCUGCAUUCGAGGCAGCUGUCAGGGAGGUUCUGGCUGCUGAGGACCAGAUUGACCAUGCACUACUGAGUAGUACCAUCGAUCUUCAUGGCAACCGCAAAACCUCUCGCACGUCUUGCUGCUGAUUGGUCAGAUGUGAAUCCACCUUGUCUUAAUCUCUAGCUGAAACCUGGCAGUUCUGAGAGCCAGUGAGAUAGUGGUAAUGGUACAGGAAUUGUAGGUACAAGGUACUGAGUACAGGAUCCCUUAUAGAUAAUGUGGAUAAGAUAGAGCUGCUCUGAGGAGGGCCUUGUUAGGGAUUCAGCUGGUAUCUUGACUGUGGAAUUAUUGCUCUAACCCAGGUACAGGCACACUGUAACAGGCACACUCAUACUUUGUACUCCGUCUGCUUUCAGUAGUGUUGCACAAAAACAUUUUCACCCAGCUUCAGCUAUGUCUGCCUAUGCAGGAGUUGUAUCAAACAGUGCUUUCAGAGCAUUUAUUUUUAUUUAAAUGAUUAAAAUGUUAAUUAAUACAGAAGAUGAGAGAAUACCAGUCCUCUCUUGAAGAGCACACUUUACCUUUGGCACAGCAACAUUCAGUCAGCCCUGUAACUUCUAAGUUUGAGUAAUGAGCUGAAUUUCCUAGGUUUUUAGAGGGGCUUUGAAUACAACAUCCCAUUUUCUUGUUAUCAGAUCUUUCAACAGAAGUGGGGAGCUAGUGUAUUUUCUUGACACAGGCAGUAUCUGUGAGUGGCAGUGUUACCAAUCCAGGCCGAUAUUAUGCAUAAGAAACCCCCAUCAACACUAUGAUGACCAAUAUGAUUUGAGGUACGAAGAACUUUAAUGAUUGUUGCUCUCAAAAGCAACAUGAACAAAAACUAUGUUCAUCUUCAAUGGGAAGGGAACUGUAAGCUUUAAUUUUGCAGCACAGACUGUUUUUGGUACGAGCUAUUGUAGUGCCCUUAUUCAUUGGUCUGUUAUAAGUAUUACCACUGCACUACAGUGUAGCUGGAGUUGUCAGGUAUAUGAGUUAGGCAUUAUCAGAUUGGUUUUAUUUCCCAUGACUUACGUACAUGGGCCUGUUUACAAAGGAAGGUACAAUAUUUCUCGAAGUUAAAAAAUAAUACUGCUUUUGCUGCUGUUGUUGAUAAACUGCUGUUAAUUUUAUUGUGAAGCACAUUUCCAUUCUCUGAUUGCAUUUUUUUUUCAGACAUUGUGUGAUAUUCUGUUUGAUUAAGGGCUGAUUUAAGUCUGUUUUCCUCAUGUAUAGAGGAGGUUAUAAUUAUCAGAUUUAACAAUAUUUUUGCAGUUUUGGCUUGUUGGUAUUGUAAUCCUGUGCCUGCUUUGUUGUUUGCGUGGCAGUAGGCCUGUCAUGAUAUCCACUUUUGCUAGAUGAUAAAUUGUCUCAGAAAUAACUUCCAUAAAUAGUAUAUUGAUAUUUUGAGACAUUUUUCCCACUGAUUUAAUGAUAAUAAUAGCAUAAUAAUGCAGGUAUACAGUUUUAAAUUGCAAUUAAUUUUUAAGUCUCAAUAAUAUUCAACUGUUGAUUUGGAAUUUGAAUAUUUAAAACAAAUAUCCAAAAUAAAUAAACCUGCAUAAAGUAAAACCACAUAACCAAAACAAAAUAUUAAAUGGGCUCUCAGGCUCUAUUAACAAAAAAUUCACUUAAAUUAAAUAAAUAUUGGCACAGGGGUAUAAAGAGUCAUUCAUUCUUCAACAGGCAAAAUAUCCUGCCAAUCCAGGUCCUCAAUAAUUAGGGCCUUUGUUAACAAAAAGUGCAAAUAGUGUUUCUGCAUAGUUUUUGCUAUGAAAAAAUGCUUAGGUGCUGCUCCAAAGUCCUUUAAUGAUCAAGAAACCCUACUGUUUUUCUUGGCAAAAAUAUUGGUGAUGUUCUUAUGCAAACACAACAUGCAGUAUUGUACAAUAUAUGGACAUGGCCUUGAUUUUUUUUUUCACCUUGAUGUCAAAAACAUAUUAUUUGUGGCAGGUCGACGAGGCAGGUCUUAACAUUCCAGUCCUUUAUAUUAUUUAUAUUAGUUUUGCCUACUCUGAAGGUCUCCUCUGCUUUACUGGUACAUUAUACACCUUGUGCUGCCUGUCUGUCUGGUCAUUCUAGGUCUCAGCUGAAUGCAAAACAGCCAGAGUACAAGGAUAAGGCCAUUACUACUAUUGUGUACACUUCUCUGGUUCAUACAGUAUUGAGUGAAACAUACAACUGAGUAUUCUGACAACUUAACAAUGUUUACUUGUUUUACCUGGGUGGUACUUUUAUUUUCAUGUUUUUACAACGAGCUCCCUUUGUUUAUUUGCAGAGAAAAUAACAUGCUGUUUUAUGAAUGCUUCAAACUAAGUUCAUCAUGGUCAAUUCAUUCUCAUCAGUGUUUUAAUUGCUGCUAGAAUAGUAUAAUAUUGUGUCUUCUUAAACAACCCAACCUGUUGCAUAAAUAGGAUCAAAUGUUUUCAUUUUCUGAAUGCACCAUGGUUCUUAUUAUAGUGCAUGUUCUCAUACCUUUUUUUUCUGUUUUGUUGGCGGUCUUGUGACAUUUCUCAACCUAAGAUUUGCCUUUCAAGUCAAGAAUUGCAUCAUAUUUCAAUGUGUGUGCAGACUAAGAGCUUCACUUUGAAGUGAAUUGAAUCCAGUCAGGUACAGGUAUAUUUACUUAUUACAUGGUUCUUUGCUUUAAUGUAGGCUCAUGAUAAAUAGCUUGUUCAUAUGAUUACUGUAAAGGUGUGUUGAGUACUAGUACUCACAGCGGUAUGAGAGAAACUGCAUUAAAUGUGAACUGCAUAGGGCAUUUUAACUUAAUCAAGCAGGUAGCCUACAUUAAUUCAAAGCAAAAAAUAGGGCUGUUAGCUUAUCAUUUGUCAGUGUUCGUAUUUACUUACCAUUUCAGCUUUUAUCAUGUUCAGAUAAUGUAGCCUACCACAGUGUUUACCUGAGAAUCAGUGGGUACUUAUAAGCUGGUAGCAUAACCCAGUACAGUAUGUUGCUCUCAUAAUGCCGUCAUGUCAGUGUUUUUUUUAUGUUGCUGUAAUAUUUAUGAAUGUAAAAACAUAUUUCUUUGGGCUGUCCAUAUAAAUGGCUUAUGUAAAUUGCAAAGGGCAUUCAUUUUAUAAUAAUGUACGAAAUGACACUGAACGUCUGUCUCAUCUCAACCCAUGAGUGUGAUUUAAGCUGCGUGAAAGUUAGACUGUUCAUCUUGAUUAUGUGUUGAUCUAAUGGACUACUUCCAUUACUCCUCUUUUUGCACUAUGAGGAUAAGACUGGUCGUGCCAACAUGCUGGCAAAGCGGUGAAUACUCUCCAGUGCUUGGCUACAAAUAAAACAUGCAACAUACCAAAUGAAAACACUUAUCUUGUUUGUGGUU